CCAUAUUAAAAUAAUUGGGGAUGCCUGGGUACCAUAUGCUCUUUUUUCCUUUAAAAAAAAAAGUUUUUUUUCUCUCAAAAAAUUUGGGGCGCUACGCGAGUGAACGUAUAUAUAUGUUUGGACCGUUUAAGGGUUAAUUAUCUGUUUAUGUAGCCUAUGUAUGCAAGUAGCAGAAGUGCUUGUCACUAAUGCCUCUAAUAAUUUACCAUACUGCAGGUGGCUAUGCUUAUCUGGACAUCACCAAAACUGUUAACCCCUAUGCACGUGGCGUUAUGAACUCCACGGAGAUAUCUGCCACACAUGCUUCGUGCUUUUCCUUCUCCUACAUGCUGGAUGGACCCCAUGGUCUUAAUAUCUUCCAACAGCAUGGAAGAGAUCUCCAGUCACUUUGGUUCCAUGAAGGACCACAAGGAGCAGUGUGGAUGGAUGGUCAAGUCACUGUUGCUUCAGAUGAAUUGUUCAACAUCCUUGUGGAGGGAACAAGAGCAGACACUGUAGAUGGUAACAUUGCCAUAGACAGUAUUACCCUUACUGAUGGACCCUGUAUAAUACCAGAGGAGUCUUGUGACUUUGAGAGUGAUCACAUGUGUGGAUGGCAGCCUCUUGGAAGCCCUGGCCCAAAUGACCCCAAGUGGGUAUGGGCUGAUGGUCAAGAUGUGCCUUUAAUAGACCACACUACAGGAACUGAAAAUGGGCAUGUACUGAGAGCAAGCAAUAACUGGAAUAGCAGUGCACUAAACUCAGCAUUAAUCUCUUCAAAGCUCUAUUCGCCACAAGCUGUCUCAUGUGUGAGAUUCUUUUACUUUGCACUGAAAGGGACUGCUGCAAUACUUAGAUUGUACUAUGCUGAAGAUGACACUGCUGCCACUGCAGACCUUGCCCCAGUAAUAGUGUGGGAAGCACCUGUUGGCCAAGUCUCAGAGUGGAUGGAAGGCAGAGUGGACAUUAGCAUUAAUUUUUUCAAAAUACAAGUACAAGCCAUUUUUGAAACUCAAGACAACACUUCGUUUGUGGCCUUUGAUGAUUUUAGUAUCCAUUAUGGCACUUGUGGUAAUGCAGCUGAAUGCAAUUUUGAAGGCUCUAAUUUUUGUGGAUGGACUCAUUUAUUUAAUGAAGAGGCUUUUUGGGAUAUAACCAUAAGCAAUGACCACACAAAUGGAGAUCUUGGUGGUAAGAUGCUGGUCUUAGAGCCCACUAAAUAUGAGAUGGGAGAUGCAGCAGUACUCAGGAGUCCAAUCAUGACACCUGCUGCAGCCAUAUCUGCUUGUCUCCAGUUCUGGUUUCACAUGAAUGACACUGCAGAAGGCACAGUUAAUUUUUAUAUUGAGCCUGUAGAAGAGAUGCGCAUCCUGGUUUGGAGCAUGAGCAGUGUACAGUCAAGUCCCUGGAAUGUAGGUCGUGUUCCACUCCAUGGAGUUACAGAUGGUUAUUUCUUCAUUCAGCUGGAAGGCAUUGUGGGAGCCAAUCAACUGGAGAAGAUUUGUAUUGAUGAUGUGCUGACAUUUACUGGACAGUGUAGCAUUUGGCCUGAAGAAGCUCAACCCAAUAAUAACACUGACUCUACAUCCACUACCAUACAGGAAGGAUCAACCACUACACCUGAACCACUUGGAGAAAAUGAUUGUGACUUUGAGUCCUUUUUGCUGCCAACAUGCUUAUGGUAUAUUUCUAAUGAUAAUGGGACGGUACCAUGGAUUUGGUGGCAUGGUCCUACAGACACACUGUCUCCUGGUCCAGCCACAGAUCAUACAUUAGGCACAGAUUCUGGGCACUAUAUGUAUGUGGAAGCUCAGUGGUCAUUUCCUCCAUCUUCUGCCGUGAUGUAUAGAGAUCAAUUAGAGGGCGUCCAGUGUUUGCGUUUCUGGUAUUACAUGUUUGGUGAGAAAACACCAGACCUCAUUGCCACCACUGAAGAAAAUGGUAUUAUAAGUGAGCCGAUCUUCUUCAGGACUGGUUCACAGGGAGACUUUUGGCAUCUAACCUCUAUGAAUAUACAAGCCAGUUCAGCAGACUAUAAUGCUGUUAUCAGAGCAGUGUGGAAUGAGUCUUGUCAAGGCAUUAUAGCAGUGGAUGAUAUUCGACUUCACUCAGGUUCUUGUGUUCACAAUCCUAGUGACCCUCAUGCUCUCCAUGACUUUGAGGAGAACGGUUCUUCGUUUAGUCUUAUUAGUGGUGGUCAGGUAGAGUGGAGCACCAUGAGUACUGGGAAAGAGCCAGAUCACACACUUGGCACACUCAAAGGUCAUUUUGCUAGAGCUGAUUUAUCCAAAUACAGCGCUGGAGAGCAGGGGAAAAUUACUUCUCCAGUUUACAAGAUUCAGGGCAUAACAUAUAGGUGUGUCAACUUCUACUAUUACCUGUCAGGCUUGCCAGGCACAAGUAAACUAUCAGCUUUUAUUCAGAACACUGAUGAUGAUAGUUCUGAAUUAUCAACAGUCAUAAGCAUGGAACUUCUCUUUGAGCAAACAGAAAGUCAAGGCGAUCACUGGGUAAAAGUGGAAAGACAUAUCAGUGAGAUAACAAACUUUCAUCUGAUAUUUGAGGCUCAAGUUUUGGAGAACAACACCAAAGCUGUCAUAGGAAUAGAUGAUGUAUACACUAACACAGAAGUUUGUGAGGGAUAUGAAUGUGACUUUGAGCAUGAUCUUUGCUCAUGGACAAAUUCACAAGACAUUCUGCUAAAUUGGUUGUUUACAAAGCCCAAAAAAAUGCUCAAACCAGGACCGCUUACUGAUUUUUCCUGCCACCCUGUCUCGGUGGAAUGCAGCCAGUGGAUUGAAAGAAAGAAGAUUUAUGUCAUUAUAACUGGCAUGUUGGACUUUGAGCAAAAUACUUAUAUUGCUCUAGAUGAAGUACAAUACAUUGAGAAUGGUCAGUGUGGUGUUGACUAUAUAAUGCCUAGUACUGCUGAUCCUACUAUUCAAGCAAUGGAUGACAUAGCAUGUGGCUUUGAUAUUGACACAUGCAGAUGGAUAGGAUCAGAUAUGCUUAAAGUAGGAAUGGAAGCUGGAGUGCAUGCAGAUCAAGACCAAGGAAACUAUCUUUAUCUAGCCGUCCAUGACUCCAAUGAAGCACCCUAUCAAUCAGUUCUUCAAUCCAGGCGUAUAGCAGAGAAUCCACGUGAUUUACAUGAUUAUUGUUUCCAUUUCUGGUACUACAUGUUUGGCUCAUACACCCCAUGGCUUUCAGUAAAGCAGAACAUUUUCAGGAAACAGUGGAAUAACUUAUCAACUACAAAUAUCCUCUGGGAUCGUGUGUCAGGCAUGAUUGAUUUAUGGCAUGAAGCAAGUGUUGCAGUUGAUACUAAUGAUGGUGACUGUCAGCUGGAGCUGGAGGUUACUGUGGAUCCUGCCUCAGAAGGAACAGUUGCUUUUGAUGAUGUGGAAAUAUGGACUGGGCCAUGUGAAGCAUCUCUAAUAGACUGUGACUUUGAAGUAAACAGCUGUGGCUGGGAGAAUGAUGACAAAUAUCCACUAACAUGGUCAAGAGUCAUAGCAGAAGAAGGGUCAGAAUCAAUGGGUUAUGACCAUACCACCAAUACUCAGAGAGGACACUACAUGUUCCCGCAGUUGGCUGAUUCACUGCACACAGAAGGAUAUGGCUUAUUAGUUGGACCAUAUUUAACUGCAGGUGGUGGUGAACAGUGCCUCAGAUUUUGGUAUAACAUUGAAGGUUUAAGCACAAUAGGCUUAUUGGCAAUUGGAGAAGAAGGAAAUGAAAAUGAAUUAUGGAGCCACGCUGGAAACCGUAUCAACGGCUGGACACUAGGCCGAGUAGAUGUCAACGUUAACAGAACUAUGAAGCUUGCAUUUAAAGCUGAAUAUCCCGAAGAGUUUGGUAAUUCUGUGGUCUUGGAUGACAUCAGCCUUGUUCCAGAUCACUGUCCUAGCAACAUAUUAUCUUGUGAUUUUGAUGAGAGUCUUUGUGGCUGGAGUAAUGUGUUUAUGAGCACUCUGCCAUGGCUUGUGGGACAAGGCUUCACCAUUGACCCAGAUAUAGUGUCUGGGCCUUUUACUGAUCACACAUCUCAAGAUGGGCUCUAUGCUUAUAUUGACUUCACAGUAGAUGGUGUCACUGGUGGUGUUUCUCAGCUAAUAAGUGAAGAGGUGCCAUUCCAAGAUAGUGCCUGUUUGUCUUUCUGGUACCUCAAGUAUGGAGAAAGCAUGAGAUCAGGAAUACUGUCGGUCAGGAUGGUAAAGAUUCAUGAUAAUAAUCACCCGUUUGACCUUCUGAACCUGGACAAUACUGUCAAUGUCAGACAUUGGACUCACAGCAUGCUAAAUAUCAGCAGCCCAGAAAACUUCUAUAUUACAUUUGAUGCAACAAAAGUGACAUCAGAUCAGUUUAUUGCUAUUGAUGAUAUCAGUUACUUUAAUGAGGACUGCACCAGUUUACCAGCAACUACACCAGCUCCUUCACAGUUUGUCACAUGUGAUUUUGAGGCAGAUGAUCUGUGUGGGUUUACUCAGAGACAGGACGACAACUUUGACUGGACACAUGGAACUGGCAGUGACAAUGCGCUACUUCCUAAUGAUCACACAACAGGAGAUAUUUCAGGGCACUACUUAUACGUUGACUCCAGUAAGAGUAAUUCUGGAGCUUAUGCAAGCCUUGCUGCUCCUGUAGUCUCUGAAUUACCUGAAGCUUGUGUAGCUCUUGUGUACUUCACCUCCAGUAAGACUGGUGUGCUGCAGGUUUGGCUUCAUACUCAAGAGAUUCCUGAAGCCAUCUUACUUGGGGAAUUCUCUGCUCCAUUUGAUACAUGGACUGGUGUGAGGAUGUCAGUUUUGGCUGCAGGGGUAUGGCAAAUAGAGCUUAAAGUUGUAGUUGAGCAUAAUGGUGGAUUUAUAGGUAUUGAUGAUUAUAUCAUGGGACCUGGUGCUUGUCCUGACCCAGUAUCCUGUGACUUUGAGGAUGGUAUUUGCUUAUGGCAGAAUUUGGAAACUAAUAAAUGGACCACUGGUCGUGUGACAGAUGACCCAAGCCAGUCUCCUGGCUUUCAGUAUGCACCUCCAUAUGAUCAUACAAGUGAGACACCAUAUGGACAUUAUCUAUACUUCUAUGAUGGGAAAGAUGAUGCAUCUUCUGCCAAAAUAAUAUCAGAGACCUUCACCACUGAGAAAGAUUCAUGUUUUUCAUAUUGGCUUCAUAUGUUUGGUGAUAAGGUAGGCAAACUGCAGUUACUGUCCUUGAGUGCAGGAGAAUCAGCUGUAAUGAAAACCAUAGAAGGAUCACAGGGCUAUGAAUGGCAACAAUUUGAGAUAGAGAUAAGAGAGACUUAUCAGCAAUGGUUAGAAUUUGCUGUUGAGGGUGUAGCAGGACACAUCAAUGUGGUGGCAUUAGAUGAUAUUGAACUGUACGCUGGUUCUUGCCUUGAUAACUCUAGUCUUCCAGAUUUUCGUUGUAAUAAUGGGGAUAUCAUCCCCCAGAAUGAGAUUUGUGACUACAUAGUGCAGUGUGUUGAAUCAGAAGAUGAGAAAUGGUGUGCCGACUGUAAUUUUUCAGAGGAUACAUGUGGCUGGCACAACAUAGAUUCUUCUCAGGAUAAUACUCAUCUGUGGUGGCAGAGACUUCAAGAUGCCACUGUGACCCAAUAUGACCCACAUUUCUAUCAUAUGGAGGUGCAAGAGAAAGAGGGUCCUGUAAUCAACCAGCCUCGCAUGCUAACUAACCUUUUACAACCGACACAUCAUUCUUGUGUCUUAAAAAUGGACUAUGAACUCUUUGCUUCUGUGGCACCUGGUCCAAAACUGAGUGUUUAUUUAGAUCGUGUUGGUUCAGAUCUGACUAUGCUGUAUGAAGCCCAAAGUCACUUGAAGGAGUGGCAGACCUUACAGCUUCCUCUUGGACGUGUUUCCUCAUCAUACCACCUUCUGGUUGAGGCAUCCAGCUCAAAUGAUCCAUCACAGAUAAUAGCCUUUGAUGAGCUAGAGCUGUUGAACUGUUAUCCUCCUGAGAUGUGUUAUGAUUUGCCAGAAGGAUACCAGUGGUGUGAUAACAAAGCAUGUUUCCCAAAUGAUGCAUUGUGUGACUUUACUGAUGAUUGUGGUGACUAUUCUGAUGAGGCCAGUUGUGAAAAUUAUCCUCUACGGUGUAGCUUUGAAAAUCAGAGUCUUUGUGGCUGGACAGCUUCAGAGUUCUUUAACUUGACCCAAGCACGGAUGAACAGUAUGGCGCCCUUCAGAGACCAUACUGUCAACAGUGGGGAUGGUCAUAUCAUGUUGCUUGCUUCGCGUUCUCCCCGCCAUGCUAUCAUCACCAGCCCACUUAUUGCACUCUCUGAUAACUGUCAAAUUCGCUUGUACCAUGCUGUUUCUGGGGCAGGAUCGACCUACUUAAGAGUGCGUUUGCGAUCAUUUAAAAAUGAAGCCAUAAUUUCAGAGGAGACUAUUCAGUCACAUGAGGAAGGAACAUUUUAUUGGCAACACUUCUCACAAUCAUAUUCUGUUAAUGAAAUUUACUAUUUUGAACUGGAAGGAGAAAUACAAGAAUGGGGAUCAGUUGGUUUGGACGAUAUCUCUCUCACUCCUGAAUGUCUGAUAGUUCCAGCAACGAUAACACCACCACCUCUAACCACAACUAAAGGCCCUUGUGAGGAGGGAUUUUUCCCAUGUGAAGAAGACUCCGGUUCAGUUAUAUGUAUCGAACAUUAUCAGGUGUGUGAUUUUAACAAGGAUUGCCCACGGAAUGAUGAUGAGAUACUUUGUGGCACAACAGACUUUGAGAGUGACUAUGGUGGCUGGCAGGAUGUAAGCGACACUGCAUAUGCUUGGUCUUGGAUCAAAGCUGCUGAUACUUCCUACCCUAAUUGUUCAGCGCCUAACUUUGAUCACUCCACUUUAAAUGGGGAAGGACAUUAUAUGUGGGCUCCUGCAAAGCUUUCAGAUAUUCCUGAAGCAACAGCUACAAUGGAAACUCCAGCUCUUGGACCCUCAGGUCUGGCCUGCACUAUGAGUUUGUGGUAUUACUGUCAAGAAGAACCAACAUUAACAAUCAUGGCAUGGACCACUGAUGAGAUUCAUGAAUUAAUAAGUAGCAAAGAUUUGCCAUGUUAUUAUCAGGGUCAAGAAUGGCAUGAAAAUCAGUUGUUUAUUGGCGAACAGACUGUUCAGUUCACAACUGAAGUGAGAAGCACCAAAUUUUCAUCUCUCUGGAGCAACACCCAGUAUGAUGUAGCAGUUGAUGACAUUACCUUCAGCCAAUGCUCAUUAAAGGAACCACCAACAGCUGAAGACAUAAAGUGCUCAUUCUCAGAGCCUUGCAACCUCUAUCAGAGCCACAAAGAUGACAUGGACUGGGAACCUUAUGUUGAAUAUUAUAAUACAUUCAUGACUGCUAAUGGAGACAAUGAAAACCAAACAGCCGUUCUAGAAACACAGCAGCGGAUUGCUUCUGUUGGAUUCUGUGUUUCAUUUCGGUAUUUCAUCAUUGGUAAAGGAAGCCUUGAGAUUGCCAUAAUUAGUGAACAAAGUAACGAGACUGUUUGGAGACGUGGAGGAGGAAUGAACUUCUUGGACUGGUAUAUCCAGCACCUUAGCCUGUUCAGUGUCUCUGAAUACCAGAUAUGGAUCAUUUCCCACACUGGCAACCCUGAAGAUGAAAUAAAGUUGGAUGAUGUGGCUAUCAUUAGUGGCCCAUGUCCAGCAUCCCUUACCUGCAGCUUUGAUGAUGAAACAGAAGCCUGUGAAUGGGAGAAUUUCUUCACAGAUAGUGCUACACUACCUUGGUCAAUUGGAUCUGGUUCUGAAAAUAUCACGUCUGCACCUGCUGUGGAUCAUUCCUGGGGAACUGCCUAUGGCCACUACCAGUUCCUUAAUCUACAGAUCAAUCAGAACAACCAGCUGGCUUACCUAAGAAGCCAAGAAAUAAGUACCACUACCCCUGAGGGUGAUUGCUUCCAGUUUUGGUUCUAUCUCUAUUCGGUUAAAUCAGGAGAAGAUGUUGGUGAACUAGGUGUGCGUUUGUUAGCCAACCAAACGGUAAUGACUGAACGCAUUUGGCAACACACAUUCAAUGGCCGUGAUGGAUGGCAGUAUGGAGAAACAACCAUCAAAUAUGAGACAAAUUUCAGUGUUGUACUUGAAGGGUUAAGACUUAGUGGAUCACAAGGAUUUAUGGCAUGGGAUGAUCUGACUGUGAAAAGAGGUGCCUGUGAAGCCCCAGGGACAUGUGAUUUUGAAGGAGGGUUGUGUGGCUGGAAAGAUGUACCGGACUCCUAUAACAAUAACUGGGCUUGGCUUAAGGCAGAAGAAACAAGAGAUGGUAUGCUAACAGACCACACAACAGGCACUGGAAAUGGCCACUAUGUCUCCUUUGACUUGGCACAAUGUAACUAUGGGUCAUCUUGUUAUGGUGAUCUUGUGAGCAGUGAUAUCACACCACAAGGAAGUCAAUAUUGUUUACACUUCUACAUGAGCAAUCUUCACAGCGAAUAUGACAAAAAUACUGUCCUGCUUGAAGUGGUUAAUGUAGAAGAGAACACAUCACAGCUUGUGGCUUCAUAUGUAAAUAAUUACAACAACAUUUGGACCUAUUUCCAGCAACAAUUAAACAUCUUGAAUCAUGUCUUCCAUCUGCGCUUUCGGUCAAAAAUGCUUAUAAAUUUACUUGAUGAUGGAGCAUACAAUGCACUAGAUGAUGUGGAGUUCUCACUUGGAGAAUGUAAAUCAUCUGGAACUACUGUAGUUCCCAUCUCCACACCAGCCCCUGAUACACAGCUGACCUGCACAUUUGAAAAUGGCAAUCUCUGUGGUUGGAGGCAGGAUCUUGCUGAUGGACGAGAUUGGAUCUUAAGCACUGGUGAAAUUAUCAACUCUCCUUUAGGCCCUCAAGUUGACUACACGACUCACCUUUCAGGAGGUCAUUUCAUCUAUAUUGCAUCAACUGGCCCCCUGAGCCUCGUUAAUCUGUUCUCUGAAGUUUUGGAAUCCAGUGACAGUGGCAAUUGUCUUUCCUUCUCAUUUUAUAUGCAUGGCACUGCACCACCCUUCUUGAAGUUAUUUAUUCUCAAAGCUGGUGAGAAGCCUGGCAUAUCAAGUUUUCCUGAUUGGGUUCACCUUCGAGAGAUGGGAGAGACAUGGCAGCAGGUUCAUCUCUUCAUACAAAAACAAGAAUAUGCACAGUACAUAGCACUGGUUGGUAAUACACAGAACAGCAAUGGAGAUUUGGGUCACUCAGCAGUUGAUGACAUCUUGCUCACAGAUGGUUCUUGUGACAGCCUUAGAGGAAACACCUGUGAUUUUGAAACAUCAGAUCUUUGUGAAUGGACACCAACUGCUGAUCAAGGAGCAACAUGGAUUUGGAACUCAGGCCAAAAUUUGGACCACAGCAAUGGACCAAAUUCUGAUCACACAUUUGAUUCAGCUGAGGGUCAUUAUGUCUCCCUAAAACACUCAACAGACAAUAAAAAUGCAGUUGCUUAUCUUACCAGCCCAACACACCAAAGUUCAGGAGCAAUGUGCCUGCAGUUCUACUUUUUUAUGCAAGGCCGAACCAACUGGACUGGGUCCCUGAGCUUGUAUGUGAAAAGUCCAUCUGUGGAUAUCAACUUUAUAAACCCAGUCUGGAAAAUAACAGGACAUCAGGGGGAUGCCUGGAACUUGGGUGAAAAGUCUUUGAACUUUGUCAGUGAAUACCAUACUGUGUUUGCAGCAGUUGAAGCUAAUGAUGGUGGCAACAGUAUUAUAGCUGUAGAUGAUGUUGCAAUGUUAGAUAGAGACUGCCCAGCAGCUGCCACAUGCACAUUUGAAGAUGGCUACUGUGACUGGAGCAAUAUUAGAGGUUCUGAUACUAUGGACUGGGUGAUGAACAGUGGCUACACACCUACAGCAAACACUGGGCCAAAUUAUGAUCACACUCUUCAUACAGUGUAUGGUCACUACUUGUACAUAGAGACAGAUUCAGUCUUAGUGUCUUCUUCGGCUGUUUUAGAAUCGUCUCUCAUACCCUCUGGAACCUAUUGCUUCGAGUUCUACUAUUCAAUGUAUGGUAAAGAUAUUGGUGCUUUUGCAGUACGUGUUGUGAGGAAUAAUACCGUGAAUAUACUGUUUCAAAAAUUUGGGAAUCAAGGACCUGACUGGAAACUGGGUAAAGUACAGAUAUUAGAAGAGGCAGAUUUCACAAUUUCAAUGAUGGCUUUGAGUGGUAAUGGUAAUGAAGGAGACAUUGCCAUAGAUGAUACUUGGACGUCAAAGAAUGUCUGCUUUGACAACCCUGAUAAGUUUGUAUGCUCUGAUGGUGAAGUAAUCCUACAAGAACAAGUGUGUGAUUUCAUUCCCAACUGUGUGAACGGGGAUGAUGAAAUGUUUUGUGGAGACUGUAAUUUUGAAUUUGGUACAUGUGGAUGGAAUUUCCAGAUUGAAAAUGAUUAUAUAUGGUCAAGAGGACAUAAUCUAAGUAAUGAUCAUGAGUACUUAAACAUCUAUGAUCAUACUCUGGGAACAGAUGCUGGAUACUACAUCUAUGUUGCACAAUAUUCUAAUGACCAUUCUGGACCUGCUGUUAUGCUUACAGACACGCAUCACAAUGCUUAUAUUGAUUGCACCAUGGAUUUCUGGGUGCGUGAGUACUCAGACAGUUAUAAUGGUAUGCACAUACGGGUAGCAGUAAGUGUUGUCAAAGAUGGACAGGUAAGCCCAAUGUUCUACCUGAUUGACCAAGGCAACUAUGAGUGGCAGCAAGCAAGUGCCAUUCUCACAGAUUGGACAGGAGAAUUUGUUGUUCAAGUUGAAGGCCAAACAAAUGCAGGACUAUCAGAUCUCACCAUUGAUGAUAUCACCUUCUCUGGAUGUGCCAUACCAUCUCAUUCUGGAGAUUGUCCAAUGUAUAAUGUGAAAUGUACACAAACUGGGUUGUGUAUUCCAUCUGACUUCUUAUGUGAUAAUACCAAUGACUGUGGUGACUUUACUGAUGAAAUGAAUUGCGAAAGUUUCUUACCAAUGUGUACCCUUGAGGAAGAUGAGUCAUGCGACUGGAACCAAGAAUCUGAUGAGGAUGAUAUUGACUGGGUGUAUGGCAAAGGCCACACAGUAGCUGGAGGUACCACCUUUUUAACAGGGCCACCAGUGGAUCACACACUACGCCUCUCUGAUGGACAUUACAUGUAUGUCACAAGCCCAGCAUCUCACACUCAAGACAACAGACAGAGUAAAAUGACCUCUCGAGCCUGGUUUGUUAGUCCAGUCAUGAUGGAGGAUGAUGAUUCAUUUUUUUCUUGUGAGCUGCGUUUCUAUUAUUACAUGUAUGGAAUAAAUAUAGAAGAACUUAAUGUUUAUAUUCGAACAGAGAUUCAUGGAGACAAGACACUUUCUUUCACAAGGAAGGGAGAACAAGGUCAGUUUUGGGAUCGUUCUGUUGUACCCACAACUACUCAUUUACCAUUCCAGUUUGUAAUUGAGGGAGUUACUAACAACAUUGGCUUAUCAGAUAUAGCCAUUGAUGAUUUAUCAUUUACUGAAUCAUGCUUGAAAAAUAAUGAUACACUACCUGGUGGAAAUACACCUGUGCCUCCAUUUAACCCAUGUGCAGAAAAUGAGUUCUAUUGUAAUGUAGCUGGUGAAUGUAUAUCUCUAUACAUGAAAUGUGAUUGGAAGAAAGAUUGUUCAAAUGGUGUUGAUGAGGAAAAUUGUGGUGCAUGCACCUUUGAAUUUGACAUGUGUGGUUGGUCUGACGAUAGUGAAGGAAUAUUCCACUGGAGACAGAUAAUUGCUAGUGAUUUCUCUCAGUACACUCAUCCCAAUGUGGAUCAUACGUACUGUGAGGCAGAUGGUCACUUUGUAUAUGUUGAAGGUUCAGAUAAAACUAUUGGUAAAACAGCUGUACUGAUGAGCCCACCAUUGAGUCAUACAACAGGAUAUUAUUGUGAACUUCACUUUUGGCUAUUCCUUGAAAAUGGCAUGAAUGCCAACCUAAACCUCUAUUAUCACAUCUUCGAUGAUCAUUUGUUGUAUAACUUGACACAUUCUGGAAUGCAAGAAAAAACUUGGUAUGAAGUUCUUGUUGCAGCUCAACUAGUACCUUCAACUGCUUACUUCAAAAUUACAGUUACCCCAGUAUUUGACCAAACCAGUGACUGGGCAGAAUCCCAUUCUUCUCUUGCUAUUGAUGAUAUUAGCUUCUUUAACUGCAAUGAGAAUUUCCUGAACCUUGACUGUGACUUUGAUGCUGAAGGAAUCUGCACUUGGCGUCAAGAUCAAACUGAUCAGCAGGACUGGAUGAAAAGUGCCAGCAGUGUAAUUCCAGACCACACAUCUGGGGCUGGCCAUUAUGUUUUUGUUGACUUUUCACAAGAGGAUGUCAAGAAGGGUGACAAAGCAAGGCUCAUAAGUACAGUUCAAUCAAAGCCUGUUGAUGUGAGGAACAUUUUCACACUCUGGUAUUACAUAUAUGGCAGCGAUGUUGGAAAAUUCAGAGUUAUUGAAAAAAAGCAGAAUCUAAAGGAAAAUAGUACUCUUUUUGAAAUUGAUGAUUCUCAAGAGGAAAGAUGGAUUCUCUUUGAACAAGAACUGGAUACUGAUGAUGACUACUCAAUAAUUCUUGAAACAGAGUGGAGAAAAGUUGGAUCUGGUAUGGUAGCUGUAGAUGAUGUCAAAAUCACAUCAAAAGUGCAGAAUUCAUUAUGUGAUUUUGAGAUUGAUUUUUGCCAGUGGCAGUCUAGCAGUGGUGAUACAACACAAUGGAUUAGAGGGCGUGGGCAACAGAAUAAGACAGGCACUCCUUUAGUGGAUCACACUCAUAAUACUAUGAUGGGAUAUUAUGCAUACCUAAAUCAAAUUGAUAGUCCUGGAAAAGUUGGAACCCUUACCUCUCCAGAAUAUCGGUAUGUAGGUGUUCAGUGCCUUAGAUUUUGGUAUCAUGUUUUAGGAGAUAAUGUUGGUUAUAUUUCUGUCCAGGUUGCAGACCAAGGUGGUUCUGGAGUAUUUGACAGUGUUUGGUCUCAUGAGAACAAUACUUUUGAAAUGUGGUCAUUAGGCAUGGUGACCCUACCUACCUUACAGAUGUUUAUUGUUCGUUUUGAAGGAAUAACUGGAGCAAACAGUGCAAGUGUUAUUGCACUUGAUGAUGUGGAAUUUUUACCUAAUGUAUGUCCAAGAACUCAUGAGUGUGACUUUGAGUAUGAUUUAUGUGACUGGUUCAACACUGAUGAGGAUGACACCUUUGAUUGGCAGCUAUCAUCAGGUAUUGAAGGUGGAGGUAUUCUAGUAGAUCAUACUAUUAACUUUGAGACUGGUCACUACAUGGUUGCAUCUCUCCAGAAUAAAACAAAAGGAUCAAAUGCUAAACUCUUUGGGGGUACAGUUCCUACUUAUCUCAACUGCAUGACAUUUUGGUAUUCUAUGCAACACAUAAAGAAUGCUGUACUUAAGGUCAUCUUACUUGAUGAAGGUGAUAAUAUUCCUCUAGUGAAACUUUAUAACUCAACUUUGGAUUAUCUCUGGGAGGAAGUAACUUUGACCAUUGAUAAAACACCUGACACUUAUGAAGUAAUGUUUGAGCUUUCUGCAGAAGAAGAUAUCAAAUUUUCUGAAUUUAAUUCAGUGGCAAUUGAUGACACUGCCUUUACAACAGACUGUAAACUCUCCACACUUCCUCCACCUGUUACCACUGCAGUACCUACCCACCUGCCAACCAUAUAUGAUUGUGAUUUUGAACAGGAUGAUAGUCAGACCUGUGGUUGGAUGCAGGCCACAAAUGAUGACCUUGACUGGAAUCGUUGGCAGGGAAAAGUGCCAACAGUGGAAACAGGUCCGAAAACUGAUCAUACUCUCAUGACUGAGGAUGGACACUAUAUUUAUGUUGGUACCAUAAAUGAGUUUAAACGAGAUGCUACAUUGGUUAGCCCACCAGUAGACAUGGGAGUUCAUGGGGCAUGUCUGUCUUUCUGGUUCCACAUGCACGGCUUUGAUGUAGGCAGUCUGCAAGUACAGCUGCAGCAGGUAGGCACAAAUUCUUCUAAGUCUGCAUGGCAACGUUCACAUGAGCAAGGAGAUGACUGGAUACAAGCUAAAGUGCACCUACAAGAUGUAGGAGUCAGCCAUAUAGUUCUUGUAGCUACACCAAAUUCUUAUGGCAAGGGGACUAUUGCUAUUGAUGAUAUUACACUUGACUUUGGCUUCUGUAACACUGGAAAAUUAUGUGACUUUGAGUCAGAUAAUAUAUGUCAGUUUGAGCAGUCAAUUGAAGAUGACCUAGACUGGGAAUUAGUAACAGUUUCAAGUUCUCACACAGGCAGUGAAGUAGAUCCAGAAGGAGAUCAUUCCCAACAGUCAUCACUAGGGCAUUUCCUGAAACUCUCUGGUGAAGGCUCUGCUGUAAUUUUUACUAAUGAUAUUCACCCUCAAUAUUGUUGUGUUGAGUUCUGGGUUUAUUUGAAUGGAUACCCUGGGCAUUCUUCUUCAGAUUUGCAUGUCUAUUCUCGGAUAAAUCAAAUUUUAGAGCCAAAAAUUAAUAUUACUGAUAUUAUUGGUCGUUAUUGGAGCCGUUACUUGCUACCUAUAACCACCUCUUUUUAUUAUUCAUUAGUUUUUGAAAGCCAUGUGCGGGAUAGUGGGUAUGUAGUUGGCAUCGAUGAUGUUCAACCACUACUGUCUUGUGAACCAAUGGAAGAGUGCAACUUUGAAACUGAUUUCUGCAUGUGGAAGAAUUCUGUAAAUGAGAAUCAGUUUGACUGGUCAAUAACAGCAGGAGAAGAUCUGGAUUCAAUAUAUGCUCCUAAUGUAGAUGUCACAUUGAGCUCUCCUUAUGGGAAAUAUGCAUAUGUUGACACAUAUAGGGAAAAUUCUAGUGUUGAAAAACCACGAGCAGUACUUGAGUCUAAUGUCAUAGAACCUAUGGAACUCUGCAUUAGUUUCUGGUACCAUAUCAAAGCUCAAGGAAAAUCGUCAUUAAUUCUUAGCAGCAAAGACAUAAUGAGUGAUGAAAUAUCAAACCUAUGGGAAUAUCCUUCAUCGCUCUUUGCAGAAUGGAAAUAUGAACAAGUUCCAUUUAAACAGUUCAAUCGUCACACCAUCCAGUUUAAUGCUAUUUCUGAUAGUGGAAAUGGUAUUAUAGCCUUAGACCAAGUAAAAGUGAUGUCUGGCAAUUGUUCAAACUCCACAGUGCCUGAUUGUGCUAUUAGAUGUGAUGGAGGUGCCACCUGUAUACAUGAAGAUCAAAUGUGCAACUUUAUACAAGAAUGUAAUAAUGGGGAGGAUGAAAACUUUUGUGGCUACAAUUGUACCUUUGAUGAAUAUUCUUAUAACCAGCCACCAUGUGCUUGGAGGAGUGUGAAGGAAAGUGGAUUAUUGUCAUGGUUACCACUCUCAGGCCAGCUUAAUAGUUCUUAUGGUCCUCCCUUAGACCACACAUUCUUAACACCCUUGGGUAACUAUAUGGCUGUGGCUCCAGUAACUAACAAAAUAAGAGAGGAGACAGCAGCCAUUCUGCAGAGUCCAGCACUUCAUAAUUCUGCUUCUUAUUGCCUUAUGACAUUCUGGUAUGUCAUGUAUGGAAAACCUGAUAACCUUUCCUCAACAUUUAUAGACACCUUAACAGCAAUUUUUCAAGUUGAUGACUUAUCUACUGAACUGUUAAAAAUAAGUGGAGAUAAAGGUGAUGAAUGGAUGCAUGGAGUAACAUAUAUAGGAAGAAUUUCUCCUCAGUUUUAUGUUAGAUUUGAGGGUACCAGGAAUUUGGAUAUUGAUGGCUAUAUGGCAGUUGAUGAUAUAAUGUUUGAAAGAUGUUUCCUUCCUACUCCUCAUAAACAAUCUGGAGAAUGUACAGAAUAUGAAUGCAGUAAUUUUGCUUGUGUUUCAUCCUUUGAUUGUUGUGAUUUUGUUGAUGACUGUGGUGACUCUUCAGAUGAAAUAGAUAGCUUGGCAGGGUGUGAUAACUUUGUUGGACGAUGCUCAUUUGAAGAUCAUUCCUUCUGCAGUUGGAUACAAGAAGAGCCAAAUAAUUGGCACUUAGGGUCACCAAGUGUACAAGACAUCAUACCACAGCGGGACCACACUCUCAACACAGCCACUGGUUCCUUUAUUUUUGUUAGUGAUUUUGACAGCAACAAAAAUACUACUGUUGCUACUCUACUUAGUCCAGUUAUGAGAUGGAAAGAUGAAAUGAUAUCUCCAUGUGUUCUCCGCUUUUUCUAUUAUAUAGAUGGGCCAGCAGAGCAGUAUUUAUCUGUUUCAUCAAGAAAUACUUCUGAUGGGCCAUUAAACCUAGAGUUGACAAUUUCAAAAGCUGUUGGGUCAUACUGGGAACGUGCAGAAAUUUUAUUGGCAUCUCCUGAUAUAUUACAUAAGCCAUUUCAGUAUAUUAUCAAGGGAGAAAGAUUAGUGUCUGAAAAUGAAAAAAAUUCAGUUAUUGCACUUGAUGAUUUAUCAUUCACUGAAUCUUGUGUGUUGUCAAAUGAUGUUUUACCAACAGCUUCACCAAGUUCAUCAACCACUACAUCAGGAACAUGCAACAAUCAGUUCCAGUGUGAGAAUGGAGAAUGUAUCCCAGUGGACUAUGUCUGUAAUUUUGUGGCUAACUGCAUGGAUGGCAGUGAUGAAGCACUGUGUGCAGAAUGCACAUUUGAAAGCAAUACUUGUGGAUGGAGUGAUGUAAGUUAUGGCUCCUAUGGCUGGAUCCAAGAUGAACCUAGUGUUGAAGGUCGUGAUGGCAAAGUUAUGAUUGUUGAAAAAAUAUCUGGCAGCUCUUCAAAGGUAGCCAAUCUCAUCAGUGUCCCUCUUGGACCCUCUGCUGCAAGCUGCACCAUGAGCUUCUUUUACUAUAAACAUAAGGGGAAAGAUGAUGAAACAGGUCUACAUGUGAAUCUUAAAACAAAUAGUGGUAAUGAAUACACAAUUUGGUAUGUGCUUACUGAUAUGAAUGCCACAUGGCAUGAACAAGUAGUUGGCAUUGGUGAACAUGAAGUAGGAUGGAGCCUCCACUUUCAAGCCAGUCAUUAUGACACAGAGGGAUUAAUUAUGAUAGACAGUGUUCAUUUUGAAAACUGCUCUAAGCCAAGUUCCACAAUAUGCAAGCCACAUGAGUAUCGAUGUGACAAUGGUGUUUGUGUUAGUAUAGAUAAAUUCUGUGACUUUAACGAUGAUUGUGGUGAUAGUACUGAUGAAAUACCAGCUUUUUGUAAAAAUUACCCGGAAAGAUGUAAUUUUGAAGAUGAUUUCUGCAAUUGGAAAUUAGAAAACAGUGAUCUUGAAUGGAUACGUAAAACAGGUAAAAUGGUGUCUGAGGAUGUUGGACCAGACUACGAUCACACCUAUGGAAAUGAAACUGGUUAUUAUUUAUAUCUUGGGAGUGGAGAUGGAAGCAAAGGGAAAAUUGGUGAAAUAUCAAGUGCUGCAUUUUAUCCAACUACAUCUGGAUUAUGCAUCUUUAGAUUCUGGUAUAUAAUGAGAGCUAACCAAGGUGCCACAUUAACAGUUUUUGCUGAAGAAACAUCCAGUUACUCAUUUACAUAUAUUCCAUCAUCUAAGUUAUUUGAAACAAAUGGUUCUGUGGAAUAUUUAUGGACAAAAGCAAGUGUUCCUGUGAGCUAUACAAGAUACUUCAAAAUUUUGCUGGAGGGAAAGGUAGGUGAGGAGUUCAGUGGAGAUAUAGCUAUUGAUGAUGUGUCUUUCACAACAGACUGCAAGCCUGCUAGCACUCUACCAACUGUCUCACCAACUCCAGGUUUAUGUCCACAAGGAAAAUACUAUUGUUACUCUGGUGAGUGUAUCUCUAACUCUAAAGUUUGUGACUUCCGCUAUGAUUGCAGUGACUCCAGUGAUGAAAUAGCCUGUCCAUCUGAUUGCAAUUUUGAGGUUAAUAACUGUGGUUGGCACGAAGCAGUUAAUGAUGAGCUUGACUGGGUGCUCGCCAAGGCUGAUGAUAGUCAGUUUGGUACAAAUAUAGAUGGUCCCCUUGUUGAUGAAACACACAACGAAGAUGGUCAUUUCCUGCUUCUUUACAAAACAAGUGAUCAUUUGCUAUAUGACAAAGGUCUUUCUUUUACUCACUGGUACCAAAACUCAGCACCAGACUGCCACUUCAUAUUCUGGUACUUUCAGAAUGGAAUCCUGGGCUCCAAUAUUGUACUGAGGCUCAAUUCAACACCAUAUGAUAUUACAAAUUUGACAUUCUUUAAUGGUGACAUUGGUGAUGGAGAGUGGCAAAAGGGGGAAGUGGGUAUUGGAAGACAAAAACGUCCCUUCCAACUUUCGCUUUAUAAGGAACCAGCUGAAGAUUACUUUGGAAGAUUUGCCGUUGAUGAAACUUCUUUUCACCAGAGUUGCCACUAUCCAGACCCAUCAGAUAAUGGAUGUCUCAUCAGUGAAUUCCAUUGCCAACUUACAAAGGUCUGCAUCCUGACUGAAAAACUGUGUGAUUUAAAUGAUGACUGUGGAGAAAAUGAGGAUGAAGCAGUGGGUGAAUGCCUUGGAUAUCACUUUUUUACGUUUGAGGACAGCAAAUGGCAAGAGUGGUUCUCUCAAGGCAAAGAUGGUAUCGAUGAUGACUUUGACUGGACCUUAUGGAGUGGUAGCACAGACAUCUUAGGCACAGGUCCUAAUUUCGAUCAUACAACUUCAAGCUAUGCUGGUCACUACAUGUACCUUGAAACGUCUCAUCCUCAGCAGUAUAAUGAAAAGGCCUGGCUGGUAAGCUACCUUAUUAUAGCUGGCCCAGACUGCACCAUUACAUUUUAUUCCCAUAUUUAUGGCACCAGUAUUGGGUCACUCACAGUACUGAUACGCAAUGAGUCACAGUCAGAUACUGCAUCGAUAUUGGCUGUAAAUACAAAUGGAAAUUUUUGGGUUAAGCAGACCUUAGCACCAACCUUGCUACCACAGAAGAGACCUUUCAAUUUGAUCAUUGAAGGCAAGGUGGGAGAAAAGGAACUAGGAGACAUCGCCAUUGAUGACUUUGCCUUCUCACCAGACUGCAGACUUUAUGGUCAACCUGAUCGAAACUGUACUUUGGAAGAGCAUGAAUGCAGUGACGGAACAUGUUUGCCUUUGAAGAGUCGCUGUAAUUUUGUUGUUGACUGUCCAAAUGGAGAUGAUUCAGAUGAAAUAGGAUGUGUCUCUCAGAAGUGCACAUUUGAAGGUCAAGACCUAUGCCACUGGGAAAUAAAGGCAAAUCAACAAAGUCUUAUUCAUGCUCCUCAAACUGACACAUUCACGUGGAAGUUGCUUCGUGGAGAGGAUCCUGUAGAUAAUGAAGAACAAUUAUCAUUUAAGCCUGAUGUGGAUCAUACCCAUGGAAAUGGCUCUAGUUAUUUUGUCUUUACCUCGGCUUCUGAAGGACAAUAUGAAUCUGCAACUGAUCUUAUGACUACCAUUGCCAUUGGUGAAUCAAGUACCACCUGCCGCCUCAGAAUGUGGUACUGGAUGGUUGGACCUCAGCCAGGUUCACUUCAUCUUCAACUCAUUUCUGCUUCUAAUGAGGUUACUGAAGCAUGGAUGGUAGAUAGCAGCCAAGGAUUUACGUGGAUAUUGGUAGAGAUACCAUUAAAACAUUUGUUUAGUCAGUAUGUGUCCUUACGUGUGCAGCGAGGAGUGGAUUAUGAAGGAGCCACUUCUCUUGAUGAUGUAGAGUAUAUUGACUGUGUUCCACCUUCAUCGCCCCCUAUAGGGUUGACUUGCAUCGAGCUAGGGAUGUUCCAGUGCAGAUCUGGUGCCUGUGUUGAUGAAGGAAAGGUCUGUGACUAUUCUAAUGACUGCUUUGAUUCCUCUGAUGAGCAGAGCUCCACAUGCUCUCCAUACAAGUUCCGAUGUAAUUUUGAAGACGGUUUGUGUAGUGACUGGAAGCCAGAGACUGAAAAUACUGGUAACUGGAUACUUUUGCAGGCAUCAUCAGAUGUGAUUGGAACAUUACCUGCUUAUGAUCACACAUUGUCUACUACAAAUGGACACUAUCUGAAGUUUAAUGGUGACAUACUGCAUAAUCGCACCACUGUUGCCCAGAUCCGCUCUCCAGUUAUACAAGGCAUUUCCAGAGAAUGUUUCUUCAGAAUGUGGUACCAGUUUCUUGGUAAUAAACCUGGAAUCAUCAGUGUUUACAAACGAUAUACUUAUUAUGAAAAUGGGUUAGAACUCCUAACACAGCUUGAUACGACUGUGAAAAAUGUAUGGCUAAAAAUCAAUCUUCCACUACAUAAUAAUAGUAAUUUGCAGGAUUAUGUGGAAGGGCCUACAACCUGUAGCAAUGGCAAAUGUUAUUACCCUACAGAAGCCUGCAACUUUAAAGAUGACUGUGGAGAUGGAACAGAUGAACGGGACUGUACCAAGAGUUGUGAUUUUGAAAAGGAAGACUUGUGUGGCUGGUUUGAGAGUAGUGCAAACUCCAUUCACUGGAUCCGGUCAGGCUUCCCAGCUUUACCACCUGGUCCUUUGGCAGAUCACAGUCACUCUAAUGUUACACAUGAUCUUGUCACUUCAAAAAAUGAGGGUGAAGGAGGACAGGUAGCUGUUUUAGAGAGCACUACUUUCACCUCUGUGGGUCGUGACUGUACUUUGGAUUUCUGGCACUUCUUGGCUACUGAUACCAAUGAAGAAUCCACUCUGACUCUAUUUAGGAAAACCGAAGAAGAUGAAGCACAUGGACUACCAGCAGAAACCUUAUGGGUGGGAACAUCUUUAUAUUCAAAUGGUUGGUCAAGAGAAUACAUACAUAUUAAUGGAAAGAGGGACUUCACCCUACAUUUUAAAGCCAAUCAUGGUCCAGGGGGAACACAUAUAGCUGUUGAUGAUAUCCAAUUUAGACUUUGUGAACCAACCAUUGGAGAAUGUCAGACCAGCACAGACUUCCAGUGUAUUGAUGGCUCGUGUAUUCCCUAUCAGUAUGUCUGCGAUGCUAAAUAUGAUUGCAUAGAUAAGAGUGAUGAAUAUAAUUGUACAUAUGUGGAGGUUACUCAGUUAGAAAGCCCCAAGUUAAUGCUCAGAUAUUACGUGUACGUUUCAAGGAAAAAUGCAGAACCAUAUCAGUUGGCUAGUCUUGUGGUUGACUACCUGUACCCAGCCUCUGAGAAUGUGUGUUAUAUUCGAUUCUGGUAUUACAUGCAUGCAGAUGCUGACAUUGUUUCCUCUAAUGUUGAUGUGGGAACUCUAAGGGUGAACCUGGAGGUGAGGAGUGGUCAGCGAAUUACUGCAGUGUCUAUCAGUGGUAAUUAUGAUGCUCUGUGGAGGACGAAAGUGGUAUUAAUCAACAUGGACAAAAGUUAUACUGUGUUCUUUGAGGCUGAAACUGGAAUGUCUAAAUACACUUAUAUUGCCUUAGAUGAUGUCUCUUUCACUCCUGAAUGUAAAACUGGUGUUGGCCCACCACCAAUCAACAGCUCUUGUGAGCUUGAUGAGCUGAAGUGCAAGACAGGAGAGUGUGUUCCUGCAGCUUUCUUCUGUGACUGCUUUGCAGACUGCAUUGAUGGCUCUGAUGAAGUUGACUGUAGUACUGCAUGUACAACAGUGGUGACACGUCCAACGAUAAAAACAACUCCAAGUUCCAACAUAAGCACCGUUACCACUACCACUACACAAAAUCCCAGUGCCUGUCGUGAUACAGAGUUUGCAUGUGAUGACAUACUGCAUACCUGUAUUCCAUCUCUACUUCUCUGUGAUGGGAUCUCAGAUUGUCCAAAUGAUGGUGACGAGAACCUUUGCCCAGAGAAGACCCCUUGUGACCCUGGGUUCUUCUACUGUGCUGACCGCUUUAUGGAGAUUCCAUGUAUGAGGGUGUCUAACUUGUGUGAUGGAAAGGUACAGUGCCUAGCUUACAAAGCUGAUGAGUCUCUUUGUGGACAGUGUCCUGACUACUACUGCCAAAAUAAUGGGGACUGUGCUGCUGUAAAUGGAGAUGCCCCUGUCUGCAGGUGCACUGACAAGUACAAGGGAAACCGGUGUGAGUUAUUAGUUCCACUGACUACCACCAUACCACCAACCACCACUUCCCCACCCUUCCCUAGUAGUGGUGGUGGGCUCAGCGCAGGUGCUAUUGUUGGCAUCAUCCUCGGAGUCCUCGUCUUCAUCAUUCUACUGUCAGUAAUUGCCUAUUAUUUUAUAAAAAAGAGACAGUACCCACCACUGAGAGAGGAAAGCAACUGGGAUGAUCCUCGCCAUCAGCCCUACUUUGGGUUGGACAUGCCACAGCCUGCUGAAGAUGAAUACCCAUUGGAGGACCUCAGUGAAUCUAAUACUGCUGAAGGACUGUCUAAAUCAACCUCUAACAAACCUGUAUCAGAUUUGUAGGUCAUAAAUGUAUAGAUAUUAUUGGUAGUGAUGAUAUAAUGAACAUCUCAUUAAUGCAUUUUUGAAGUAUUUGCACCUAUCCAAAUUCUAGGAAAUAACGGUGACUAGUAGUCUUAGAUGGGCUAUUUUUAUAGGACACUUUCUCUAAAAUAAACUUCUGUAGUUAUAUUAAGGGCAGAAGUAUAGAACUAUCAAAACUAACAAGUGUGCAUAAAAAAUCACAUCCUAUAACCUCAUUCAGUGUACUCUAUGAUUUAGUCGAGAACAGCCCAAUGAUGCAAAAUCAACUAAUAGCAUACUACACCAUGACCCAGAAUACAGUCAUCUUCGGUAUAAGGUUUUGGAAUGUUUUGUACUCUAGAAAUAGUAACUCUUUUGACAAGCAUUAAUAUCAAAAUGUGCUUAAUGUCUUUAACAGUUAAAACAGAUUUUGAAAUUAUCCUCUUCACAUUUUGAAAGAACAGUGACAGAAAUUGACAUUUUUUAAAAUAACCACUUUCAAUUUGAACUAUCUGAACUUUGACUCAAAGGACAAUCUUUGUAGAAUAUAAGUGACACUGGUUCUGCUAAUGCCAUUCUACUGGCGGCAGUUACAUUUUUUUUUUUCGUGUGUGCAUGUGUGAGUGAGCGAGCGAGUCUCGUGUAUUUUCAGUACCAGAAAGAAUAGCAUAGGACUGACCAUUCUUGCAUCAACAUUCUUUUGGAAAUGCUUUUAAAAUUUCAACAGCUCUACAUUUAAGACAGUUCAAUAAUUUUAAUUUAUAUGGGAACAAUGUAACAUUUCAUAAUUUCAAAUUUCUAAGCUACACAGCAUUGAGGGAAACUAUUCAUUUAAUACACUAAGAAUGCAAUAUAAAAAUAGUCCAUCUUAAAACAAAUAUGUAAUAAUGAAGAUGUAUACUGCUGCACUGAAUGUGGUCCAAACAUUCCAUGGAGGGUAUAUUCACCUUCCACAAGAAACUCUUAUUCAAUCUUGUAGUAUUUCUUCGGUUUUCAUAUUGUUUCAAUAAAACUGUGAACUAGUAAUAGUGUAUAAAUAAAGUAAAUUAGAUGUAUUAGUCAUUAACUGUAAUACUCAUCAGCAGAAAAUUCACCACCCUGAACAUUACUUUUUCCUCUGAGAUUUAACAACUUUUUUCCCCUCCAACUUUUUUUUUUUUUUUUUUUUUCCUUCCCAGCCCUUUACCUCACCUGACUGUCCAAUAUGUUCAGUUUACAUAUUUGAUUUGCUACAUCCAUUUUGUAAAUAUUCACUGCCUGUCCUACACUCUCCACAAGCCUCAGGAUAUGUUGAAAUUUUUUCAACAAUAAAUAUAUUGAACACCAGAGA